CUUCCGGUUACCGUUAGCGUCUUUGGAUAAUCCAGCGUCCUGAAGCUGCAGAGAAAUCCUGGAGAGCGUUCAGAGUCGAGCUUUCUGCGACUCUUGGAUGAGUGAAAAAUGUCCGGGUUUCAGGUUAUUUCAGUUUUUCCUGAGGAGGUCCGGCAGCUAUCAGUAAGUAAAGAAGAGGUUCUCCCUGAGCAGCAGGAGAGAAGCUCCAGUCUGAACCAGGAGAUUACUAAGUCUCUGCACAUUAAAGAGGAACCAGAGGAUAUGUGGAGCAGUCAGGGGGGAGAGCAGCUUCAAAAGCCAGAGGAUGCCAAUAUCAUAAAGUUCACUUUUGGUCCUGUCUCUGUGAAGAGUGAAGAUGAGGUUGAAGCAAAACCUCAGUCCUCACAGCUUCAUCAGGAACAAACUGAAGAGAUGGAAACAGGGGGUAAUGGAGAGGACUCUGAAGCAGAGGCAGCCAGGGACUUGGAUCCAGAGCAAGAUUUGCAGCCAGAGGUUGAGGUCAAGCUUGAAGACUCCUCUGACCCUGAGACUGAUGACAGCACUGAUUGGAGGGAGACCAGGGAACACCAGUCAGAUCCAAACUCAGUGUGCAACAUCAAAAAGAGGAAAAUAAGGUCUGAUAAGAAAACACAUUCCUGUUCUGAAUGUGGCAAAAUAUUUAGCCAAAAAAGUCGUCUUACAGAUCAUAUGAGGAUUCACACAGGAGAGAAACCUUUCAGCUGCCCUUGUUGUGGUAAAGGAUUUACCCAAAAAGGAAAUCUUCAUAACCAUAUGAGAACUCACACAGGCAUGAAACCCUUCAGCUGCCCCAUGUGUGAUAAAAGAUUCACCCAACAAAGACAUCUUACAGAUCAUAUGAGGAUUCAUACAGAAGAGAAGCCCUUCAUCUGCUCUGAGUGUGGUAAAAGUUUUAAUCAAAAUAGUCAUUUAAGACAACAUAUGAGGACUCAUACAGGAGAGAAACCUUUCUGCUGUCCUGAGUGUGAUAAAAGCUUUACCCGUCAAGAAAACAUGACCAAACACAUGAGAAUCCACUUAGAAGAGACACCCUUUCGCUGCUCUGAGUGUGGUAAAAGAUUUAGCCUUAAAGAGGAUCUGACGCAACAUUAUAAAACUCACACAGGAGAGAAACCUUUUAACUGCUCUGAAUGUGGCAAAAUAUUUAUCAGUCAAAGUGCUAUGAGCAGGCACGUGGUUGUUCAUACUGGAGAAAAACCCUAUACCUGCACCGUUUGUGGUAAAAAAUGUAGCCAAAAAGGACAUAUGAUCACACACAUGAGAGUUCACACAGGAGAGAAACCAUUUGGUUGCUCUUACUGUGGUAAAAAAUUUAGCCAACAAAGUCAUCUCAAACAACAUAUGUCAGGUCACGCUAGAGAGAAACCCUUCAGCAAUUCAUAGUGUUUAAAACAAUUAUCAAAGAGCUGUAUCUGACAGUUCACGCAGCACAUAACAGCGGUCAUUUUUGGUUAGUUUGAUUUUUUUUGUGAUGUAAGGUUUGUCUAGUUCUCAGAUAAUUGUGAUUAUUUACUCAAGAGACAAGCGUGUUGGAGCUCAGCAGUGUUUGGGAGAACACAUUACAAAGCAUUUUGUUCAUAGUAUUCAGAUUAUGUUUUUGUUGUAACUAGUAACAAAACACAUUGUGGAAUAUAAAUAAUCCAUUAUUAGGUACCUUUUUAUGCAACCCUGAUUCUAAAAUAGAUGUAAAAUAAAAAUGAACACAGAAUUAAAUGAUUUGCAUAUCUCAUAAACCCGUAUGUUAUUCACAAAAGAACAAACAAAAUAUCAGCUAUCAGCUGAGACAUUUUACCAUUUUAUGAAAAAUAUUAGAUCAUUUUGAAUUUGAUGGCAGCAACUCACAAAAAGUAUGUAUCAU